GUCAACCUGAAGAGACCAUGCCCAUUUUGGGCUGAUGAUGGCCAUUGUUCUAUCAAAGAUUGUCAUGUAGAGCCUUGUCCUGAGAGCAAAAUACCUGUUGGAAUUAAGGCUGGGAGCUCUAAUAAAUAUUCAAAAGCAGCAAAUAAUUCCAAAGAAUUGGAAGACUGUGAGCAAGCUAACAAACUGGGAGCAGUUAACAGUACCUUAAGUAACCAAAGUAAGGAGGCUUUCAUUGACUGGGCAAGAUACGAUGAUUCACAGGAUCAUUUUUGUGAACUUGAUGAUGAGAGAUCUCCAGAUGCACAGUAUGUGGAUUUGCUGCUGAAUCCAGAACGUUACACUGGAUACAAGGGGCCUUCUGCUUGGAGAGUGUGGAACAGCAUCUACGAAGAAAACUGCUUCAAGCCUCGAUCUGUCUAUCGUCCUUUAAAUCCACUGGCGCCUAGUAGGGGAGGAGAUGAUGGAGAAUCUUUCUACACAUGGCUAGAAGGUCUUUGCCUUGAGAAAAGAGUGUUUUAUAAACUCAUUUCUGGACUUCAUGCUAGCAUCAACUUGCAUCUGUGUGCAAAUUAUCUUCUUGAAGAAACCUGGGGGAAGCCUCGCUGGGGACCAAAUGUGAAAGAGUUCACUCACCGCUUUGACCCUAUUGAAACAAAAGGAGAAGGACCAAGGAGGCUCAAAAAUUUGUAUUUCUUGUAUUUGAUAGAGCUGCGUGCUUUGUCAAAGGUUGCACCGUACUUUGAGCGUUCAGUUGUUGACCUUUACACAGGAAAUGGCCGUGAGGAUGCUGAAUCUAAAGCUCUCUUACUAGAUAUCUUCAGGGAUACAAAGUCCUUCCAUAUGCACUUUGAUGAAAAGUCCAUGUUUGCUGGAGAUAAAAAAGGAGCCAAGUCAUUAAAGGAAGAAUUCAGAUUGCAUUUCAAGAACAUAUCCCGCAUAAUGGAUUGUGUUGGAUGUGAUAAAUGCAGGCUGUGGGGCAAACUGCAGACUCAAGGCUUAGGAACUGCUCUGAAGAUCUUGUUUUCUGAGAAAGAAAUACAGAGCCUUCCUGAGAAUAGCCCAUCAAAAGGUUUUCAACUCACACGUCAAGAAAUAGUUGCUCUUGUAAAUGCCUUUGGAAGGCUUUCCACAAGUAUAAGAGAGUUGCAGAAUUUUAAAGUUUUAUUACAACAAACUAGGUAAUGAAGGCCUUUGCACAACUCAUUAGUGAAGACUAUUUACAUGAAUGCAUUGAGCAGAAGGAACUGAUCCUUACAGGACUCACAUGAACUGAUAAAAUGUAAAAUCAAAUCCCAACUUGAAUAUUUAUGUUUAAACUAGGAAUGGUUAUUAAUUAGAAAAGAUAUUUAUGAAUGAAAUCUAUAGUUUUUAAAUGUGUAAAUUAUGCUGAUCUGUUUAUAUUUUAAGUUCUCUGCUCACAGUUCUAUUGUAUUGAAACUUCAUAAAUUUUCUUUAUUUCCUUGUCUUUUUGAGACAGUUGUUUUAUAUGGAAACUAUGUACCUCCACCCUGACGUAGCCUGUCCUGAGGGAGGUGGUUCACCUCUCGCCUCUCCCCAGUACUGAGCUUCAGUAUAUUCUGAGGAUUGGGUAUGCUGAUUCUGGCUGUCUAACAG